UUGGUAUUGGUACAUUUGGUACAAGUUAGUUAUACUUGGCGUAUAUAUUUAUUUGGUGUGGUGAUAGAUGUGAUGGAUCCCUGUUGCUGCUGCCUCCAGUGUCCUCCGGACAAGGACCUGACGACGCCGUUCACACAUAACGGCAAAACAGACACAUAUUACGAUUUGUUCAAAGAAUGUUUCAAUUUACAUCUGGUAGUGGGCGGCGCGGGUGCGUGCGACAUCUGCUCGGCGUGCGUGGGCCGCCUGCGAGACGCGAGCGACUUCAAGCUGCAAGUACAGCGCAGCCAGGCGGAGCUGCAGGCACGGCUUGAUAAAGCAGAGUCUGCGGUCAAGUUUGAGCCGGCUGAUGAUAGCGCAGAUGAUGACUCUUUGUUGUUAUAUGAUGAGCCUAUAGAGAAGUUGGAGAUGCUUGAUGAAGACGAGACUGGAGAAGUGUUGGGUGGAAAUACUCUAAUCAAGUCGGAGAUGUGUGAUGAUGCGACGAGUGACUCGACGACGGGUGAGUUCACAAGUCACACCACAAGUGUUGAGUCGGAUGUUGGGAUCAAUGACGUAAUUGUAGGGUGGCAAAGCGGGCAAAUGUGUUCGGACGGCAUCUCCGCCGGCGCCAGGGAACAGCUCGCGAUGGCUUGUUCCGUGGUGCUCGUGCGCCUCCGCGACGAAGCGACCGUUCACAGUGGAGAUGAACCAUACACAUGCGAACACUGUGGUGCAGUCAGAAAGCAUCCUUGCUAUUACAUCAAAUGA